UGCAGAGCACAUGGGGAAGAUGGGAAGGAGAAAGAGAGGUACACGCCUCUCCGACUUGAAUCAGUUCAGUGCUCGUUCAUGGCUUCUUCAAUCUUCUCCAUGUUUCGCUCCGUUUUUGUUCUUCUCCUUGCGUCUUUGAUUUCUCUUGUUUUCCACCGAUUCAUAGGUUUGAAGUCGGGAAAUAUGGUGAUGGCGAUUGAAGAUGUGGAUUCUAUGGCUCUUUUACCGUUUGGAUCUGCUUCUCGCAUUGGCAGCUUCUUUCGACUUCCUCAAUGUGGCGGCCCUCGCCGGACAGAAUCCAUUGGUGUUUGCUAUACAAACUUAGGCAACAAUUUACCAGAUGCCAGAGAAGUAGUACAACUAUACAAAAUCCAUGGCAUUGAAAAAAUGAGGAUCUAUAAUCCGGACACAGCUAUAUUAAACGCUCUUCGGGGAUCGAACAUCGAAGUCAUUGUAGGCAUCCCAAAUACUGACCUUGAACGCAUUGUUAAUCUUUCUUCUGCAUCAAACUGGGUCCAGAGGAACAUCCAAGCCUAUGUGCCACACAUCAAAUUUCGAUAUGUUGCUGUUGGAAACGACGUGCAGCCAUCUGAUUCCAUUGCUCGUUAUGUUUUACCAGCCAUAAGCAGCAUCAAUAGUGCAAUUUCAGCAGCCAAUUUGCAGGAUCAAAUAAAGGUUUCCACAGUAAUAUCCAUCAGCUUGUUGUCAAACUCCUCGUUUCCUCCAUCUUAUAGCUCAUUUAGUUCAGAGGCUAGUGGAUUCAUAGAACCAAUUGUUCACUUUCUGGCUAAGAAUGGUUCACCCCUUCUUGCUAAUGUGUAUCCCUACUUCACUUAUACCGAUAUCUCCCGAACCAUCAGCCUCGACUAUGCUUUGUUCAUGCAAUCGCCAACUCUUGUGAUAAGGGAUGGCAAUUUUGAGUACAACAGUCUUUUUGAAUCAAUGGUCGAUGCUCUUUAUGUAGCACUUGAGAAGUCGGGUGGAGCCGAAGUGUCAAUCGUGAUAGCGGAGAGCGGUUGGCCAUCAAAUGGAAGCGCAGCUGCCACAGUCGAGAAUGCAGUCUUGGACGACUGUGACUGGCAAAGGAAUGGAGAUUCCAUAGAAUUGAGUCCAUGGAAGGGUGGGCGUAAAAUGAUGAAGAACAGAGAAUCCACGCUUUGCUCCAUUAACGUUCUCCUCCUUCUUGGAGCUCUGAUUCCUCCAGGUUUUAAGUCCGCAGAUAUAGCGAUGGCGAUUGAAGAUGAAGAUUCAAUGGCUCUGUUACCAUUUGGAUCUGCGUCUCGCUUUGGUAGCUUCACCGCCGGUUGCAGAGGCCCAAGUGUUGGAAAUGUGCACAUUGGAGUUUGUUAUGGGCAAUUUGGAAACAAUCUCCCCCCUACAAGUGAAGUUGUGGCUCUCUUCAACCAAUACAACAUUAGAAAAAUGAGACUCUACGAUCCCAAUAGAGCUUCACUCAACGCUCUUAGUGGCUCCAACGUUGAGCUCAUGCUUGGCCUCCCCAAUUCCGACCUCCAAACAAUCGCUUCCAGCCAAGAACAAGCCAAUGCAUGGGUUCAUAACAACAUCAUAACCUUCCCUAACGUCAAAUUCAAGUACGUUGUUGUAGGCAAUGAAGUCCAACCCUCGAGUCCCGACGCCGAGUUUGUCGUCCCGGCCAUGAAGAACAUCCAUACCGCACUUUCUUCUAACGCCUUGGUUGAUCAGAUCAAAGUUUCCACCGCUGUUGACACUCGCAUCCUUGGUACUUCCUUCCCUCCUUCUAGUGGCUCCUUCACAAAAAAUGCUCGAUUACUACUCGACCCCAUCAUUCGUUUUCUCAAUGACAAUCGCUCGCCGCUACUUGUCAACUUGUACCCUUACUUCAGCUACGCUGCCAACUCGAGAGACAUUCGAUUGGACUAUACUCUUUUCACAGCGCCAUCGACGGUGGUCACCGAUGGCCAGUUUAGUUAUCAUAAUUUGUUUGAUGCAAUUGUCGAUGCUAUUUAUGGUGCAUUAGAGAAGGCGGAUGGGAAAAAUUUAGAGAUCGUGAUAUCGGAGAGUGGGUGGCCGACGAUGGGGGGUAUAGCAGCAUCGGUCGACAAUGCAAGGUCUUACAUCAACAAUUUGAUUCGACAUGUCAAGGGAGGGACUCCUAGGCGCCCGAAAAAAUCGAUUGAGACUUAUAUUUUCGCCAUGUUCGAUGAGAACCAAAGGAAUAAUUCCGAGAUGGAGAAGCAUUUUGGUCUCUUCUCUCCAAACAUGCAACCUAAAUAUCCUGUCAACUUCAAUUGAGAGUAAGGUAUUAAUAUUGAUAUAAGUAGAAGUUUGAUAUUGUGUUUUAUUUAUUUGAAUAAGAAUCACACGUAAAGCUUAGAAUCUUGGGUUAUUAUUGUCGGGUUUUUGCUAUUGAUUGUCAUAGUUCGUAGUUCUAUGUUGGAAUGAAGUGUAAUAGCUCAAGCCCACCGCUAGUAAAUAUUGUUCGAUUUGGUCUGUUGUGUAUGGUCAUCAGCCUUACGGUCUUAAAACACGUCUACUAGGGAGAGGUUUUCACA